CUGAACGCUGGUCAAACUACAAGUUUUGAUGUGACCCAAGAACUCGGCAGGCUAACGGUUGAUGAGACUGGUCCGUUCCCGGUUUUCAGCAUCUCUGACAAAACCGUUCAGGUUAACAGCACCAAGGACAUCAUCAUCCAAGCCAUCAGCAGCAAAGGAAGAAGCACACAGUCGGCUCUGGUUAUACCAACGACCAAACUCAGUCACAAGUACUGCAUCCCACCGGUACCUGAGAUCGAAGGAACCACUAAGGGGGGGGUUAACACUAAUGUUACAGAGAGAGCCCGUUCAGACUCAUCAUCGUCAACCCUGGGGAAUCCAGAGCAUCUGUGACCAUUCAAGGCGGACAGGAAUUCUCCAUAGACAUAGAGUCAGGCAGGGCCGCUCAACUCUGGGUGAAAAAUGACGACAACAUUCGAUACGUUGAAGCAGAUAAAGGCGUGGCCGUCUUCUUCAGCCACCCCUGUGCCAUUCAGCACCAAUGCACCUGCGGCCUACUGCAUGCCAUGGUGCCUCCAGCCAAGAAACAACACCAUGAGCUUCCCCAUUCCUCCAGUUCUGGACCAGCCAGCGUCCAUUCUCCAGUCCGAUAAAGAAACCAGAGGACUGAUGACUUUCAAUUCUUCCUCAGCAGUGGUUGAAUCGGCAGGCACAGUCAUCAUCUACUGGCCCAGCCUAAUCCUCACACUGAUCCCAGUAGAAGAGUUCGGCAGCUGUUUUGUGGUCCAGUUCAUACAAGGCAAGGAAAACGUUCUUAUCAUUGUGGUCCACAAGGAUCACCAGCAGGGAAUUCACAUCGGGAAUAAUCCUCUGGAGGGAGCAAAAUGGCAGGAGCUGAAGGGAACCAACUACUUCUCGACCAAUCGCAGCAUUUCAUCUACAACUGUGGUCUGGCACGCUUCUGCCAAGAUGGCCGUCUACCAGAUUUACAAGCAGGACAACUCUUCAUUUGGGAACCCGGCACCUGUUGUCAGUGCAAACCCAGAUUUCAGGGGCUGUGUUGUAACUCCAGAGGUGACGAAAAUCCUCAAUGAGUCUCAGAGCUGGCAGGAAUCGAUCCGGUCCUGUCAGAAGCAAAACCUGAAUCUCAUCAGCAUCUCCAGCGAAGCUCUACAAAACAAAUCUGCCAAAAUCUGCGUGGAAACGACGCCAAGCAAGCGUGGAUCGGAACGCGUCGCAGCUCGCUGACCGGAGCCUGGUACUGGCUGAACAACAGCAACUUCAACAACACCAACUGGGCCCACAGCGAACCCGGGGAUGUCAGCGAAGGCCAGUGCGCCAUCAUGAGUCUGGAGGGCGACUGCGGCUGGAAGGACCGCAACUGCUGCGAGGUCACCAGACCUCUCUGCUACGCCGCGACAAAGUUCCUGCACAUAAACUGAGCCACAGGCUCCCGGUUCUGGUUCUGUCAGGUCAGAACCGAGCCGCUGAUACCAUUACUAACGCUCCCAUAGAUACCUGAACCGGUUUAUUUGGUUCCCUGCAGACGAGCCUUAUUGAGCGUGACGUAAAAUAUAAAUCCAUGAAGAGCAAUGACACACAGUGAACUACAUCUAGAAAGCUUUAGCUCAUAAGCUACAUAUUUAGCUACAAACGUAACAUUUAGCAAACAAAAUAUUUAGCUUAGCUUGACGGCUUGCUAGCUAGCUUAUGAACUAGUUUUAGUUCACAUAGAACAUAAUUAGCCAGCAAGCUAAAUAUUUUUGCUUCACACUAAAUAUGUAGAUUCAAGCUACAUAUUUAACUAGCAAAAUUUCGCUUACAAGUUGGAAACUUAGCUUGAAAGCGAAAUACUUAGUUUUUCAAAAAAUAUUUAGAGAGGAAGCUACAUAGUUAGCUUUGAAGCUAAAUAUUUAGGUAAAUUAGUAAUAUGCUGAUAAUGAGACAUAAAGAAAAUACAGAAAUGGGCCAGAACCAGAGUUCAUUUUUAAAUUUACGUCAAAACUAUUUCAAAAAUCUGAGAAAAUAUUUAAUUAGCAUGCUCAAUAUUUAGCUUGCAAAGUGAAUUAUUAGCUCUAUACUUUAACUGUGUUGUAUGUAAAUUAUAUCAAUAUUUUCCAAUAACUUUCAUAAUUUCUAUAAAAUGAUCUAUGAAAGACCAGAUUUUAGAUUAAAUUUAAUCUUCAAAUUAUGUUAUUGGAUGUAAAGAAAAUGACAUCAGCCAUUGAU